GAGGCGUGCGAAAUCGGAACGUCCCUCAGCGACCGGGUUCUUGCCGGGGUCGCCGGCUGCUGACGUGUGCCGACCGGCUUCAGGCCGCGGUGCGGGUCGCUAUGGCGGUGGACAUCACACUGCUCUUCCGGGCUAGUGUCAAGACAGUGAAGACGCGGAACAAGGCAUUGGGAGUGGCGGUUGGUGGCGGGGCCGAUGGCAGCCGGGACGAACUGUUCCGCCGAAGCCCUCGGCCUAAGGGAGACUUCUCCAGCCGGGCCCGCGAAGUGAUUUCUCACAUUGGGAAGCUGAGAGAUUUUCUCCUGGAACACCGGAAGGAUUAUAUUAAUGCUUACAGCCAUAAUAUGUCUGAAUAUGGGAGGAUGACGGACACAGAGCGAGACCAGAUAGACCAGGAUGCUCAGAUAUUCAUGCGGACCUGUUCAGAGGCAAUUCAGCAACUCAGAACAGAAGCCCACAAGGAGACACAUUCCCAGCAAGUAAAGGAGCACAGGACUGCCGUUUUGGAUUUCGUUGAAGAUUACUUAAAAAGGGUGUGUAAGCUUUACUCUGAACAGAGAGCCAUCCGAGUUAAGCGCGUGGUGGAUAAGAAGAGACUAUCUAAGCUGGAACCCGAGCCAAACACAAAAAGGAAAGAAUCCACAUCAGAGAAAGCUUUACAGCAUGCCUCCCAGGACUCUGAAGAAAAGCCUGCUGCUGAGGAGUUGCCAGAGAAGCCUUUGGCUGAAUCACAGCCUGAACUGGGAAGCUGGGGCGAUGGCAAGAGUGAAGAUGAGCUGUCUCCAGAAGAGAUACAGAUGUUUGAGCAAGAAAAUCAGCGACUCAUUGGUGAAAUGAACAGCUUGUUUGAUGAAGUGAGGCAAAUCGAAGGGAAAGUCGUUGAAAUUUCCAGACUCCAAGAGAUAUUCACCGAAAAGGUUUUACAACAGGAGACCGAGAUUGAUAACAUUCACCAGUUAGUCGUGGGGGCAACUGAAAACAUUAAGGAAGGCAAUGAAGACAUACGGGAGGCCAUCAAAAACAAUGCUGGCUUCCGAGUGUGGAUCCUCUUCUUUCUUGUGAUGUGUUCCUUCUCCUUGCUCUUCCUCGACUGGUACGACAGCUAGCCCAUGGGGGCUGCACCUACCCCUGCACUACUGCCUUGGACACACCAUGUACCAGCAUCUGUCUCAUCUGAUGUGGAGCUGUGUAAGAUCCAAGGGCUGGGGAAACACAGCUCCCAAGCCAACAUUUGGAAUCCAUCAGGACCUGAAAAU